UUUGUCAUAACCCAAGUUGUCUUUUCAACUGUGGAGCUCAUGUGUGUAUAGUAUACAUCCAUAUAGAACUAGUUUUCAACCUAUAAAUACAAGCCAAUCAUCUUCUCUGCUUCUCAAUCAUAUUCCCAAAAUUCUCUCUCUCUAUAUCUCUCUUUCUUUCUCUCUCUACCUAAUUGAAAUGGAGAUGGGUGGGAAGAAUUUGAAAUGUCUUACAUCUGUUGCUUUCAUUUGUGUUUUCGUUUGGUGUUUUAGUUUGCAAAAUUGCCAUGCAAGAGAAGGCAGGCAUUUGACACACACAAAAACUGGGUCAGGUAGAGAGAUUGAGAAGAAAGUUAGAGAUGACACUGGUUUUUCUGGCYGCCACCGCCACGUUCAUCGCCACCAUGGAGGUAGCGGCCCGUCGAGGUCCACAAGCGGUGGCCGUGUCGGAAGUGAGAAUAUUGUGGGAGUCUCACCAGCAAGUAAAGGUGGUUCUUCCAACUUUAAUGUGUUGGACUUUGGAGCUAAGGGUGAUGGAAGGGCAGAUGACACCAAGGCAUUUCAGGCAGCUUGGGAAGCAGCUUGCAAUGCAGAGGGAUCAACUGUGGAGGUUCCCGCUGGCUCCGAAUUCCUCGUUGGCCCCAUCUCGUUCUCGGGUCCUAAUUGCCAACCGAACAUUGUAUUUCAGUUGGAUGGCAAAAUCAUUGCUCCAACAAGCUCAAGUGCUUGGGGUUCAGGUCUCUUACAGUGGAUUGAGUUCACUAAACUUAAAGGGAUUACAGUGAAGGGUUCAGGAACUAUUGAUGGACAAGGCUCGGCUUGGUGGAACGACUCACCGAUAUACAAUCCUACAAAUGAAAAUUUGGACGAGCAAAGCAGUAGCGGAAAACUUCCAAGCACCAAACCAACAGCACUUAGGUUCUAUGGAAGUGAUGGAGUGACAGUCACUGGAAUAACCAUUCAAAAUAGCCAACAGACUCACCUGAAAUUUGAUGGUUGCACAUCGGUUCAGGUCUUUUCCCUAACCGUUUCAUCGCCCGGUGACAGCCCGAACACAGAUGGAAUUCACUUGCAGAACUCUCAGAACGUGAUCAUCUCAAACAGCAAUCUAGCUUGUGGAGACGAUUGUAUAUCCAUACAAACUGGAAGCUCAGGCAUAUACAUACACAACAUCAACUGUGGACCAGGCCACGGAAUUAGCAUCGGAGGGCUAGGACGCGAUCAAACAAAAGCAUGUGUUUCCAAUGUCACAGUUCGCGACAUCAAACUACGGAACACAAUGACUGGUGUCAGAAUAAAAACAUGGCAGGGUGGUUCAGGCUCAGUACAGGGAAUACUGUUUUCCAACAUUCAAGUUUCGGACGUUCAAACUCCAAUCAUGAUAGACCAAUACUACUGCGACAGAGGCAGAUGCAAUAACGGAUCUUCUGCUGUAGCAAUUUCAGGAGUAAACUAUGUAAACAUUAGAGGAACAUACACUGAAACGCCAGUCCGUUUGGCCUGCAGCGACAGCCUUCCCUGCACCGGUGUGUCAUUGGACACCAUUCAGCUCGAGGGGAGUGGCCGCUCGCCUGAACCGUUCUGUUGGAAGGCAUAUGGCGAGCUGAAAACUUCCACUGUCCCUCCCAUUGAUUGCUUGCAGUCUGGCAAUCCAUCGAUCGCUCGGGCUCGCGAUUCUUGCUAAGCUUGGCAAUGGCAGCUACAUAUU